UAUUUCUUGGUCACCGCCCGGUUAUGAAUUCCUCUCAGCAACGAAAUGCUUCUCGUUCACACCUUCUCACGGUAUCUCCAAUUCUGUUUCUUUCGCUGAAUUGUUUCGAGUAACUGUCGGUGACUGCCUGAACUACUGUAUCAUCAAUGCGGCCAAAAUGGGGGAAGGCUGCGUUUCUGUGGUCUACCAUAAACUUCAUUCAACUUGUCAGUUAUAUGGACACAAUGGUUACUUCAAUGGGUCGAAAGUAGUGUCUGCCGAUGCACAUGAUUUUUAUCAGCGUACCAGUUGGACGGGUCUCUGUCAAGACAAAGUAGGUGAGUGGUUUAAAAGCAGUUUUAACAUUGCUACUAGUUUUUGCGUGCCAUGUUCUGGCAGUUACUUUCAGUACCAAAAAGGGCUUAUAAACAACGUCCCAUGCAGUACGCUGUUCCUCAAGAACCUUCCCAAAAGGUCAAUUUACCACGUUUGGAAAAUCUUAUGGAAUUCCAGAAAUAUCAGCGACCUGUCACGUAUAAGAAGACUUAUUAAGACAAUUCUUUCAUCUACAACAGAAGGUUCAACUACAGCUGCGCUCACCUUUACAGAUCAGAAUGACCAACAUUCCCUUGAGGGAAUUUCAAACACUAUCAGCUUUUUAAAUCCCACGCACAACAGUGGUGCGUUUAAGCUCGAGUUGGUAGAUUUAAUUUUUCUCCAACCAACACUAUUUCUAAGAUCGAAAUUUGCUGUUCAUGUUGUUAAUGGCCUCCUAAUCUCUCUUUGUUUAGAAUGUCCCAAACAAGAAAAAUUGAGUUAUUUUGUGGUGUUCGGCUACCGUCUAUCACUACAAAAUUUGGUAGCUGAACUAAAAGGAAUCGAUCAAAGCAGCUGUGUGAUGUACUGCAGUCAGAAUAUCAAUGCAAAGGGAGAAGCAGUCCCAUGUUACUCUGUGAACUAUGAACCAGUACAGGAAAAAUGUCUUUUGUACGGAGAACGUGACAGCUCCAAUCGGCACACCGCCCAUCUAGCAGCCGAUAACAAUUUUAUUUUUGCGGACAAAUUUUGCCUUCAAAGAAUUUCAGCCAAAAAAGACUGCUCCGCUGAAGCACCGUUCAUAGUCUACCCCUUCAAGCAAAUGCGCAAGCAGAUUAUCGCCUCAUAUCCAGGAAUGAAUUCACUUGUCGCGUGUGUUGCAAGUUGUAUUGACACAACAAAUUGUAAGGCUGUGACAUACAAACUUAGUCUUUGCAUUCUGCACGAUUCUUCACCAGCAUCAGAUUAUUCUGUAAUCGUCGAUGGUAGCGAGCAGACAAUGAUUGUUGAAAAUGGAUGCCAACUAACCGCCGAAACUAUGCAAGAUGGGAAUGAAGAGGCUACGCAAUGGGAAGAAUGGGGUCCUUGUCAGUUUGGCGCCGGUGGUCGAAGAGUACAAGUGCGUCAAAGAGAGUGUACAAAGUGCGAAAAUUUACAGUUGGAGCCUUGCUCGUAA